AUGAGAAUAGCGACCUCAUGGAUCGUCAUGUCUCUACUGACCGCCAUAUUCGAAUCGUCUCAAGGCCAUGAUCAUCACAAAGCGCUUAACAAUUACAAGAUCAACAAGAAACCAUGCUCGGUGAACAGCCUGGAGGGGACAUGCAUGUUCGUGUACGAGUGCAUCAACACCGACGGCCGGCACAUCGGCAUGUGCGUGGACACGUUCAUGUUCGGUAGCUGCUGCGCGCACAAUCUGACCACGGCGCAGCUGGCUAUGUUGCCAGACUCGUCGGAGCCGGCGGUGCUGUUCACGCAGCCGGGCGGCAACGGCGUGUCGCAGCGGCCACAGCGGCCGCACCACAGGCCGCACCGGCCGUCCCAGGUGAUGACCCGGCCCAACGGCGGGGACGCGGACGGCGCCAGCACGUCGUCGGUGGACAAGAAGUACCACUACCAGCCGGCGUCGGCCACGCAGCAGACGCCGAACAUGCAGCCGCAGUCGGCGCACGUCAACCGAGUACCGUCCACCAACUUCAUUUCGAAUAGCCGGCCCAACUUUUUGUCCAGGCCCGCGGCCCAGCCGUACGCGCCGACGACUACGACGACGACACCAACGCCUCAGCCGACGUCCACCGCCGGUCGGCCGACCGUCCAGGAAGUGGACGACAAUGACAACAAAGUGGACUCUGUCUGGUCGCAUAGACCUAGUUGGAGUUCGAAUAUGGGUAACCAUCAUUCGUUCAUCACCAAGCCAAAGCCACUUCCUCAACACAGACCACAAUAUAUGAUACCAUCGUCGACGAUGUUGACGACCACUACCGCUAAUCCUACCACUACCACGACAACUACCACCCCAACUCCUCCUACGACAACGAGUACAACUACAACAACUCCUGCACCUGAACCACCACCACUGACCACUACAACUACUACCACUGAUAAACCUUUAGUUAUAAGUACAACAACUAGUCCCGUGGCAAUGUCCACCACCGUUUCGGGUAAGCCGGAAAAACAUACCGCCAAACCUGGUGUAUCGGCUGAGACCAAUCAAAAAUCAAUGCCUUGUGGUUUGGCUCCUUUGCACCCAAGGCACGAAGUCCGCAUUGUUGGCGGGAGAAACUCUGCGUUUGGUAGUUGGCCUUGGCAGGUGUCUGUGCGAAGGACGUCGUUCUUUGGAUUUUCCAGCACUCAUCGAUGUGGUGGAGCAUUAUUAAAUGAAAACUGGAUAGCAACAGCUGGCCAUUGUGUAGACGACUUGCUGACAUCACAAAUUCGUAUAAGAGUCGGUGAGUACGACUUUUCAUCCGACCAAGAACCAUAUCCGUUUGUGGAACGUGCAGUUGCCCGGAAAAUUGUGCACCCAAAGUACAAUUUUUUCACAUACGAGUAUGAUUUGGCCAUGGUGCGAUUAGAAGCGCCUGUAAAAUACACACCUCACAUAGUGCCAAUAUGUUUACCUGGAUCAGACGACCUACUUAUAGGCGAAAAUGCCACCGUAACUGGAUGGGGACGAUUAAGCGAAGGAGGCACUUUACCUUCAGUGUUACAAGAGGUGAGUGUACCAAUUGUUAGUAAUGACAAGUGCAAAAGUAUGUUUUUGAGAGCUGGUAGACAUGAAUAUAUACCAGACAUAUUCAUGUGUGCUGGAUUCGACGAUGGUGGACGUGAUUCCUGUCAAGGCGAUUCUGGUGGUCCAUUACAAGUCAAGGGCAGAGACGGUCGUUACUUUUUGGCUGGCAUCAUAAGUUGGGGUAUUGGAUGUGCCGAGGCAAAUCUACCUGGCGUGUGUACCAGGAUAUCCAAAUUCGUACCAUGGAUUCUGCAAACAGUCACAUAG